UGACGCCCGGCUGCGCUGCGCAGCGGGGACCGCGAGGCAAAGAGGCGCGGCGGCUGGCCCUCCAGCGGCCUCCCGGGAGCAGCGGCGCGCGGGCCUCGUCCUCCGUCGGCCUGGGCGACGCCGGGGGACAUGUCGGGGCGCACGGAAACGGAGCAGGCGUGCGCGGCCGCGCAGGAGGAGAGCGAGGACGAGAGCGAGGUGCUGGAGGAGAGCCCGUGCGGCCGCUGGCAGAAGCGCAAGGAGCAGGUGAACCAAGGCAACAUGCCCGGGCUCCAGAGCACCUUCCUGGCCAUGGAUACGGAGGAAGGUGUGGAGGUGGUGUGGAACGAGCUGCAGUUCAUGGACAAGGCGGCCUUCACGGCGCAUGAGGAGAAGAUCAAGGCCACCUUUGAGCAGCUGGUGGUCGUGGACCAUCCCAACAUCGUGAAGGUGCACAAAUACUGGCUGGACGUGAAGGAAAGCAAGGCCCAAGUGAUCUUCAUCACCGAGUACGUCUCCUCAGGGAGCCUGAAGCAGUUCCUGAAGAAGACCAAGAAAAACCACAAAGCCAUGAAUGCCAAGGCGUGGAAGCGCUGGUGCACCCAGAUCCUCUCAGCUCUCAGCUACCUGCACUCCUGCAAUCCCCCCAUCAUCCACGGCAACCUCACCAGUGACACCAUCUUCAUCCAGCACAACGGGCUCAUCAAAAUUGGAUCAGUCUGGCAUCGUGUUUUUGCAAAGGCCCUUCCGCCCGAGCUCCACAGCCCGGUCCAUACAGAGCGGGAGGACCCGCGGAACCUGCACUUCUUCCCACCGGAGUACGGAGGGACGGCCGACGGCACAGCGGUGGACAUCUUCUCCUUUGGGAUGUGUGCGCUGGAGAUGGGCGUGCUGGAGAUCCAGUCGAACGGGGACUCCUCGGUGACCAAGGAGGCCAUUGAGCGAGCCAGGCACUCUUUGGAUGACCCCAACAUGCGGGAAUUCAUCCUGGGCUGCCUCCUCCUGAACCCCAGCCGGCGGCCCACGGCACACGACCUGCUGUUCCACCGGGUGCUUUUUGAGGUCCACUCCCUGAAGCUCCUGGCUGCCCAUUGCUUCAUCACCCACCAAUACCUGUGGCCUGAAAAUGUGGUGGAAGAGAAAACGAAGGAGCUGGAUCUGAGUGAGGUGAUGGCAGAGAUUCGGCGGGCAGGGCGGCUGCCAGUGCAGUGGAGAUAUUCAGAGGUCUCUUUCCUGGAAUUGGACAAAUUCUUGGAAGACGUCAGGAAUGGCAUCUACCCCCUGAUGAACUUUGCCACCGUCCGGCCCCACACCCUGCCACAGUCCAGUUCCCAGGCCCUGGAAGACCCCCAGAAAGCCCAAACCCCCACACCGGAGCCUUUGGAUGUGGAGACGCGGAAGGUGGUGCAAAUGCAGUGCAGCACGGAGUGGCAGGAGGAGAGGCGGCAAUGGCGCCUGACCCUCCUCCUCACCCUGGAAGACAAGCUCCACCGCCACCUGAGCUACGACCUGCUCCCAGGCGACCGUGCCAGAGACCUGGCGGCUGAACUGGUGCACUAUGGGUUCAUCAGCCAGGACGACCGGGAGAAGCUGGCGGCGUUCCUGGAAGGCGCCCUGCAAAGACCCCGGGACCCUCCCGCCCGAGGCGCCGGCUCCAGCCCCGAGGUCGGCGCCCAGAAGGCCCAGUGAACCGGCACCGCCCGCACGAGCAAGAGGAGAGGAGCCGCCUGCCCGGCCGCGGCCCCUUCGCCCCUCGCCCGCCUCCCCUUCCUCCCUCCCUGCCACGGAGGAGGAGGCGGCGGCGGCGGCGAGGGGCAGCGCCUUCCUUGCACGCGGCGGGAGCGGGGCUCGGCCGGGGACGGCAGGCGGGCGGCUUUUCGGACGGGAGCUGCCUUUGUCCCCGCGCGGCCGCCUCCGCCACGCAUGCGCCCUUCUCUCACCCCCCCCCCGCAUUAAAGCGCCAGCAACCGACGCUCCGCCGGCUCUUCCGUUUCCCCCCGCGCCGCCCCCCCCCCUCCGACGGAUGUGGGCGGGGCGGGAGGAGCGGGAAAGGCUCCCCCAAGAGGCUGCCCCCUCCCCUCCCCAAGGCUCCGGGUGGCGGGAGGCGCGGGCCAAUCAGCGGGCUCGCGCAUGCGCCCUAGCUGCCUCCAGCUCUAUCCGUCUCGUGUUCGCCCGGCCUCCCGCCGCCAGGUUCUCGCGAGACUCCGGAGCUUGGGGCUCGAGGAGGAGGAGGAGGCGGCUGCGGCGGCGAAGAUGGCGGCGGCUGCGGCGACCACCACCACCACCACCACCGCGGCGCUCUCUCUGGUAAGCGGCCGAGCUGGUCGGAGCGGAGGAGAGCCGCGCGACAGAGAUGCGGGACGUCCCCGGUUGAGCCGCUGGCGGGGCGUGAGACGCGGAGCGGGGGGGAGACUGCCCUUCCGAGCCGCCUCGCGGCACCCUCCGCCGCCCGCGCUUCCCCCCCCCCAUUCCCCCUACUCUUCCCCCGCGGGCCGCCAGGCCGGCCUCCUGCCCCGGUUCCCUGCCCCGUCCCCUCCCCGGGGUUGCCGGAGUGCGGCCAGGAAGCCCGGGUCGGCCAGGCCGCGCCCCUCCCUCGCGGGCAGCGAGACCCGAUGCGCCUCCCGGGUGGCUGGGCGUCAUGGGCGGGUUGAGGAGCCCAUGGCCGCCGCUCCGAGGGGAAGCUGCGUAGGCCGCCACCCAGAAGGAGCCCCGGAGAAAGAGGCGCCCCGCUUCUCUCUCCUUCCGGGGCCCCUCGUGGUUGGGGGCCCAGCAGCAGCAGCAGCAGCUUCUCCCGCCCCCCGCCCGAGAGACGGCUUGCCCGAUAGCAGCUGGGUCCCGGGUGGCUCUGCAGGAGGCCUUGCCACGGGGGUGUUCACGAGCCUCUCUGCUCCUCUGCCGGGCAGCCCUUCAAGGCCGGGCGGGGGAGGGGCCAAGACCCCCGGGCUCCUGGGCCAAGACUGUUGCCGUUUCAGACUUUUUCUAGCCGAUUCCUAAGUCAACCAAGGCGAAUGACUCUCUCUGCAACCUCCUCGUCUAAGAGCUCCCAGGGGCACCAGUGGACUGCCUGGCCGUCUUUCCCCAGAUGGUCUGGAUCACAGAAAGUGAAUCUGGAGAAAUGCCUUUUCAGUUUUAUCACCUCCGGAUUGGGCCUCUGCACAACCUGGCUGGUGGAAAUGGCCAGGCAGGGAACUGGGAGCUGGAUUCAAGCUGUGGUCAAUCCCUUUGGGGGAAGGCAAGGCCUCCGAAGUCCUGGAAGAGGGGAGGCAGGUCCUUUCACCCCCCCCCCCAAGGAGCUAAAUCCGAAUCCAGCAGUUGUGAAUUACUUCCAUUAUAUCCCAAAUACUCCCAUUCUUGGGGGAAGGUUAAGGAAGAGGAGGGACUGCAGUUACAAAAGCCUCCAGAGACGGUUUGGUUUCAUACCUGAUCAUGGGACGGAAACUAUGUUGGUUCCUCGGAGGGUUGACCUCCGGGAGGACUCGGAUGAAGGGAGACCUCCCCAUGGAUUGCGGUGCUUCCAGUCACAGCAUCCUCCUGAACCACAGCUGAGGACUCAGAGUUUCUCUGGUAGGUCCACUCCUACCUGACAGUUUCUGUUGGGAGCAGCAGAGGAAAGAUUCUCGGUUAUGUAGCGUCCCAGAGCUUCAUUCUUAACUAUCGCACUUAACUCUUUAAACUCCCAGGAGAAGUCAUAUGUUAGUUUGGCCUGAGUUAUUAUCCGAUCCAUUCUAAAGUAGUAGUACAGCACCACCCUAGACCCAAUCACUCCUAUAACCUCCCCUCCCCCCCCAAUCUUUUCAUCUCCCCCCUCCUUUGGGGGUAACAGACACCUUUGCAAUUUCUGAAAGCGGAAAUCAAACUUCCAGUGCUAGAACCUGGUGAAUCCUUGGGAUCUAGAGCUACAAAAAAACCUAGCCAUAGUUGUGGCCACUAGGACUUCACAGCAGGAGAACAUUAAUGGAAAACGGAACCCAGAGCUCAAAAUGCACAGCUACAGUCAAAGACAAAAUUUCAGAUAAUGCAGAGACAAAAUGGUUACUCACUUGAAACAAGAAAAUAGAAGUGCAGAAUGAAUGAAUGGUGGUUGAAAAGAUGUCUAAGAGCCACCAAAAGGGCUUUGGACAGGGAUGAGCAGCAGGAAAGAUGAUUCAGAGGGGACCCCCCCCGGGGGGGGGGGCAUGAGGGUCUCUUCAGAUCCACAUCACUGGCUUUUAAAGGCAUUGAAAACAAUGGGUGGUGGAGGUGGAAGAAGGAAUCUGUGUGAGCUAUUCAAACAAAAGAAGGGGGAUAAGUAAUCCCUUUGGAUUUUCCAAUGAAAGAAGAUGUAUUUCCCCUGAAAAUUGUGAAGGCCGGAGUGAAGGGGCAGGGCUAAAACCUGAUAAUUGCAUGAUUAGGAAUACAGGUAGUCCCCACUUACCGCCUCAUCCAGCCACUGUUCAGAGUUACAGUGACACUGAAAAAGUAGGUUCACAACAGGUCCUCGGACUUGCAGCCAUUGCAACAUUCCCACAGUCGCAUGAUCACAACUUGGGCCCCCUUUGCAGAGUGCUUUGCAAUUAUUCUGGUAUCCCACGGUCAUGUGGUUCUGACAGCAGGCUUCCAACAAGCAAAGUCAGUGGGGAAGCUGGCAGGGAGUUGCGGAUUUUUUGGGGGGGGGGGGGGUGCUGUCAUACGAGGAGGUUGUGUUUAAUGAUCCAGUGGCUUGCUUAAUGGCUACAGAGGGACUGUUGUGAGGCCAAUGUGGCUAUGUGAUGUUUUACUAAAUGACUAUAUCAGUGAUGGUGUUCUAGUCCCAAUUCUGGUUGGUAAGUGAUGACGACCUGAGCCUUUUUUCCUCUUUUCAAUGGGUUAAAUCUGUAGGAAGUAGCUGAACAUCUGGAUGACCCCUUAUAUAAUUGCUGAGAAAUUCUGCACAGCUGCAUAAAGCAUCAGACCACUAGCAGAGUGAUUGUUGCCCUUAUCUUGAAGGAGGAGGGUCGUCUUGGGAAUUUGUUGCACCCAAACAUUUAGGAGCAGGUCACAGAGAUCUGUGAAAAUCUUUAAGGCUUGGGAAAUCGGCAAGAACAAGCCGUGCUGGCUAGCAACACAUCCCAGGAUGUUCUGAUUAAUACGCUAAUUAAAUAGAGGCCCUCUAACGAGAUGGCUAAGAGCAGGUCUGUAUGGAGCUGCUCCAGUGGAGGGUAUUUCAAAGCUGUUUUGAUGAAGAAACACUUGGAUGAGCCGGUGAAAGGAUUUUUGUGGAAGAUGCCAGUUAGCUCUGUUGAAGGGGCUGCUGUGUAAACGCCUUUCUGGGGAUCCCAGCUGGGAAGAAGUGCAGGCAUCGGCCUCUAAAGUGAUUGGGAGGCAGACAAUUUACAUAUCAAACAGGUUAUUCUGAAGUUGCUAUUGGUCCUGUUUCCCCUGCCCUCCCCUGCUCAGUGAAACUGGGCUUCCCUGCCCACCCUGUAUAGGUCUCCUGUGUUCAGGCUUUCAUGAGCAUCUCUCCAAUUUCAGGGCACCGAAACCAUCAAGGUGGAAAAUGGACAGAGCACGUCAGCCAAGCUGGGGCUCCCUCCUCUUACCCCGGAGCAGCAGGAGGCCCUUCAGAAGG